AUGCCUCGCAACCCAUUGGUUUCGGAGAUGGAAUGCGCCUGGGCUUCAAGUCGAGACAACUUUACUGUACGUCGUCUUUUCAACUCUGACUUAUACAUCAUUGAAUACACCAACUCCAAGAGCAGGAACUCAGCAACAGUAUCAUCCAACCGUAAGUCAACACCAACCUCGUCACCACCAUCUCUCCGGCCUAGUACUUACCAGAAACCACUGCAACAGAACGGCCUGUUCAACACAAUGGACGGCUUCAGAGAGACUGUAUUCAACGCCGUCCAAUCUCUGGCCAGUAGAAUCCCUCAACGGGCUAAAGACUUUAUAUGCGGGUGCCUAGACGACACGUCCCUCUUCCACGUCACCUACGUCCUCACCCCUCUCUUCGGAUCCUAUAUCACAGGCAAUGUCUUCGUAACUACAGCAAUCUUAGUCUUUAUUACAGAGAAAACAAACCACCCAUUGAUCUUUGGCUUCUUCUUACUCCUCAAUUACGCGAAUCCGGAUGUCAUCGAUCAAGUUAUCCUGACUGUGGGACACUCGUUGACUGCGAUUUGGGUUGAUGCAGUGCUGUUGGGAUUCAUUCUCUCAAUUCACUUCUUUCUCUCAACGAGACGGUUUCCGCGGAAAAAUUGGAUUGAUACAUGGGAGAUUAUCUCCUUCGUCAUCAAUGCGAUUGUCUACCUCACCCUUUGGACUCCGAAUCACUUCCCCGACACGCAAAAUUCGGCUUUUACGGCUCUUUCCGACGAGGGCGUCCCGUUCCAGAUGACGUGGUCCCACUACGCCUCUCUCAUCCUACUUCUCCACGAGGGGAAUGCCAUGUUUGAGGAGUUCGUCUCACGAACUAAGCUCGGUGCCCGGGAAACUCCCAAGAGUGGGAGGUAUGAGUGCUUCACUAGGUUGUGGUAUGCUCUUCGCUUCUGGAGUUGGAGUGUAUUGAGUCGGGCGACGGGGUAUCUUUCUGUUGCGAUUGUUUGGGAUGCAAUGAGAAGGUUGAUCUUCGGGCAGUGUGUUCCCGUGGUGGUGAGUGGGUUGUUGUAUGCGAUAUUACUUUUUGGAGUGUUGGCUUUUGCGGUGCGGUGGGUGUGGGGACGGUGGAAGGGGGUGGAGGAGGGUGGUGAGAUGUUUAGGCUUCGGGGGGAUUUUGAGGGAUAUGAGAGUGAUGAGAGCAAUGAGGAGGAGCAGGAGGAUGGUCACGACGACGACGAUGAUGGUGAUGAGGACGAUGACGAAGAGGAUGAUGAUGAUGAUGAUGAUGAUGAUGAUGAUGAUGAUGAUGAGGAGGAGGAGGACGACGACGACGACAGAGACAACUGGGAAGAUCAAUCUUAUUAUGGCAAGGACAUUUACAAAGUCUCAGAGGUCAGAGAUCCGAUCAACUACUGGGGCUGGCAGUCUGACCGCGAAGAAGAAGACUCUCACGAACAACAUAACGAAAUGCAGGCCAUCACCGUCGGAGAAGGCGGUGCAACAUCCGGCGACGAUGUUCCUCAAGGCGACCUUGAGCACGUGUCAGCCUUUUGA